GCCAGGGUAAAAAAGUGCAAAGGCUUCGAGGUGGGAAGAAACUGAACUUCAUCUUGUCUUGUUAGGAAGAGGCGCACAGGCAUCCUCAAAGGAAGUCUAGUGCUACGAGGGAAGGUUUGGGGAACUGCUUUUCCUGAACGCAUCAGUCCUGCAAGAUCAAGCUCUCGCUGCCUGUGCGGUGCAGUCUUUGACCGGAGAGUGACAGGGGACAGUAGCGCCUUGCCCCACCUACCCGCAGUGAGACUGCAUAGGCUUUAGUUGGACAGGUGAGGGGAGGAAGUAGGAGAGUGUGGGGACCCCUGGGAGCACAGUCGCCCAUUCUCCUGUAUGGGGGCAGGGAUGGCACUGGCUGUCAUCUGCUUUCUGAGCUUGCUUUCGCUUUGCCGGGUGAGGCUGAGGCUCCAAGCAUCGCGACUGAACCUGGAGCAGGUGGCCUCGGAGGAGAGGCGGAGGCUGGUGCCUUGAACCCAUCGAACCCAUCGGGAGCCCCCAGCCUCUCCAAGAAUAAGUGUCCUGACUCGGGCCCCACGCUCUGCUGGUGCGCAGGUCCUGGCUUGGCUAGAGGGCAACCCUGACCUUGGUCUCUCCCUGGUUCCAGAUCUGCGCCAGGACCAUGGGCGCCGCGCUGGUCACUAGCCCGCGGCUGGCCUCCCUGCCACGCAUGGCCUGCGGCACAAUCCGGCGCCAGGCACCUUUCGUGCCCGCCCAGGGCUGCCACUCCAAGUCGGGCCCGCCUCGCCCGGUGCCCCUGAAAAAGCGAGGAUACGAUGUCACCAGGAACCCUCAUCUCAACAAGGGCAUGGCCUUUACCCUCGAAGAAAGACUACAGCUUGGCAUCCACGGCCUGAUCCCACCCUGCUUCCUGAGCCAGGAUGUCCAGCUCCUCCGCAUCAUGAGAUACUAUGAGAAACAGCCUAGCGACCUGGACAAGUAUAUCAUCCUCAUGACUCUCCAAGACCGAAAUGAGAAGCUCUUCUACCGGGUGCUGACUUCAGACGUGGAGAAGUUCAUGCCCAUUGUGUACACACCCACUGUGGGGCUGGCCUGUCAGCAGUACGGUCUGACCUUCCGACGACCUCGUGGGCUGUUUAUCACCAUUCAUGACAAGGGCCACCUUGCAACAAUGCUGAACUCUUGGCCAGAGGACAAUAUUAAGGCGGUGGUGGUGACUGAUGGAGAGCGCAUACUGGGCUUGGGAGACCUGGGCUGCUAUGGCAUGGGCAUCCCUGUGGGCAAGCUGGCCCUGUACACAGCAUGCGGAGGGGUGAAUCCACAGCAGUGCCUUCCUGUGCUGCUAGAUGUUGGCACCAACAAUGAGGAGCUUCUCAGAGACCCUCUGUACAUCGGCCUGAAACACCAGCGUGUUCGUGGGAAGGAGUAUGAUGACCUACUGGAUGAGUUCAUGCAGGCUGUGACAGAUAAGUUCGGAAUAAAUUGCCUCAUCCAGUUUGAAGACUUUGCCAAUGCCAAUGCCUUCCGUCUGCUCAACAAAUACCGCAACAAGUACUGCAUGUUCAAUGAUGAUAUCCAAGGCACAGCCUCUGUAGCUGUGGCAGGGAUCCUGGCUGCUCUGAGAAUCACCAAGAACAAGCUCUCCAAUCAUGUGUUUGUUUUCCAGGGUGCGGGUGAGGCAGCCAUGGGCAUCGCCCACCUCCUCGUUAUGGCCCUGGAAAAGGAAGGAGUACCCAAGGCAGAAGCCACAAGGAAGAUCUGGAUGGUGGACUCCAGGGGGCUAAUUGUCAAGGGUAGGAGCCACCUGAACCAUGAGAAGGAGAUGUUUGCCCAAGACCAUCCUGAAGUCAACUCCCUGGAGGAGGUGGUGAGACUGGUGAAGCCUACAGCAAUUAUAGGUGUUGCUGCCAUCGCAGGAGCCUUCACGGAGCAGAUUCUGAGGGACAUGGCCUCCUUCCAUGAGCGCCCAAUCAUCUUUGCCCUGAGCAACCCCACCAGCAAGGCUGAAUGCACAGCUGAGAAGUGCUACCGGGUCACUGAGGGCCGAGCGAUCUUUGCCAGUGGAAGUCCUUUUGAGAGUGUGACUCUGGAAGAUGGCAGAACAUUCAUUCCUGGUCAGGGAAACAAUGCAUAUGUGUUUCCUGGGGUAGCACUGGGUGUCAUCGCUGGUGGGAUCCGACACAUCCCAGAUGAGAUCUUCCUCCUGACCGCAGAGAAUAUUGCCCAAGAAGUCUCUGAACAGCACCUGUUCCAGGAGAGACUGUACCCACCACUCAGCACCAUUCGAGACGUGUCUCUGAGAAUCGCAGUCAAAGUCCUCGACUAUGCGUAUAAACACAACCUGGCCUCUUACUAUCCAGAACCCAAGGACAAGGAGGCUUUUGUAAGAUCUCUGAUCUACACUCCAGACUAUGACUCCUUCACACUAGACACCUACAGUUGGCCAAAGGAAGCUAUGAGUGUUCAGAAGGUCUGAUGCACUCUCUGGAGCGUGUGGGCUGAAUGAAGAAAUACAAUAUAAAUGGGUUCCAAAAUGGA